AACAAUGAAAAAAUAAAAAAAAAAUAUGAAAAAGUGCAGUCUAAAAGACCUUGUUGGAUGGCCAAACAGAUACAUUGGCAGAAACAUCUCAAAAUCGAGAAAAUAUGCCAUGCAUUCAUUGAAAUCUCAGCUAUAUUCAUUUCUGUAUUGGACUUUACAACAAUAAGAAUUAUUUCAUUGGAUUUCAAUCUUUAAUCAAACGCAGUGAAAUGGAGAAAGGGUAUUUGUACAGUGUACAUUUAAAUUAUAGAAGUUAUCAUAGAAAUAUGUCUUUUUGGAGACUGCCCACCUACAUUUUUUUUUGCAUUUUAGGAUCAUCUUCCCCAGAGUGACGAUCAAAUCAAAGAGGGUUUGAUAGAUGUCAUUUUUGCAUCUCCAGAAACAUUGGUUGGUGAUCCCUAUUGUUUAAAGAAGUUGAACAUUAAGUUGGUUGUAAUUGAUGAGUUUCACACAAUAGCAAUUUGGGGCCAAGAUGAAGGAGACAGAAAAAAAGGCUUUUCGAAAAUGGUUUUCAAAUGUAGGUGAACUAAGAUCCCUCUUUUCCGAUGCUACAGUAUUGGCUUUAAGUGCAACUUGCACUGUAAGCUUUAGGAAAAAAGGUCAUGAAAAUAUUGCAGCUAGCGGAGGACACAACAGAAAUUAAUUUAUCACCAAACAAGUCUAAUAUUAAACUAGUAUCUUCCAAAAUUAAAAAUUAAAUUGAAAUGGGAAUGACAUGGUUAGUAGAUGCAUUAGAGGAAAAAAGUCAGGACUUCCCACGUACACUUUUGUAUUGUUAAUCGAUAAAUGACACUUCCAAACUUUAUAAAUACAUUGUAACAGAAUUGCCACAUUGUGCCAAGUAUAUUGAGAUGUUCCAUUCUGAAACUCCAGAUGUUAACAAAAACAUCAUAAUUAAUGCAUUGAAGGAGGAAAGUAGUGUUUUGAGACUUAUUUUGUCAACCAGUGCCCUGGGAAUGGGUUUAGAUGUAAAAAAGUGUAGUGGAGUGGUAUUAUUUGGACCUCCAAAUAAUCUGGUAGAUUUGCUGCAAGAAAUAGGGCGAGUGGGGAGGGAUGGAAAUCCAUCAGUUGCCAUUAUCCUAUACAAUGGAUACCACUUGCAGAAGUUGAAACCGGAAGUUAAGGCAAUUCUUAAAGCUAAAGAUUGUAGGAGAAAGGAUCUGAUGUGUAAUUUCCUCAGAAAUUCAGACUUGGAUGAUUUGAUGAAGAAAGAAAGCAGGAAACAUUCAUGCUGUGACUUGUGUACUAAGUCUUGUAAUUGUGAAUCCUGUGAUAUGUUACCUCUUGAGAAGUUAUUUCUGUCAGAACAAGUUGUUGAGGAGCUCGAGGAGCAAGAAGAUUCUGAUGUUUCAGAUAGCGAUACUGAAGACUACAAUUUGUCUGCCUAUAAAUACUUCGAAGAUCUUGAUAUGGCUUUAUUAGAAAUACAAGAUGAUUAAAACAGUUGAUAUUUAUUUA